AGCGGGCGGGCCACUAUAAAACCAUCUCCUGGACCGGAGAGCCACAGAAGACUCGCAGACGCCCAAGUAGGACGGUUACCACGAUCCUGAGCAGAAGAGGGGACCGCGGGAGGGGCGGGAAGCCAGGCGCUUGCCCUCCGGCCAAGGGAAAGGGGGCUACUGCACCAGCCCCGCUCUGACCAUGAUGUUCCCCGGCCUCCUUGCGCCCCCCGCGGGAUACCCUAGCCUCCUGCGACCCACGCCCACCUUAACACUGCCCCAGUCCCUUCAAUCCGCAUUUUCCAGCCACUCUAGUUUCCUAGUAGAAGACUUGAUCCGUAUCAGCCGGCCUCCCACCUACUUGUCUCGUAGCAUACCCGCUGCGAGCCUGUCACCCCCCACACAGGAGGCCCCCGCAGCCCUCGCCGACUCCGGGACCUCAGACCUGGGCUCUCCUGGGCCCGGGAGCCGGCGGGGCAGUUCUCCACAGACCGCUCUCUCCCCUGCCAGAGAGCCCACGUUUCUGAAGUUUGGGGUGAAUGCCAUCCUUUCCUCGGCGCCCAGAAGAGAAACUUCGCCGGCUUUACUGCAGAGCCCUCCUCCCAAGACGUUCGCCUUUCCAUACUUCGAAGGCUCGUUCCAACCCUUCAUCAGAUCCUCCUAUUUCCCAGCUUCCUCCAGCGUCGUGCCUAUCCCCGGAACCUUCUCCUGGCCGCUGGCCGCUCGCGGCAAGCCUCGCCGGGGCAUGCUACGCAGAGCCGUGUUCUCUGACGUGCAGCGAAAAGCCCUGGAGAAGACGUUCCAGAAGCAGAAGUACAUCAGCAAGCCAGACCGGAAAAAGCUGGCCUCCAAGCUGGGCUUGAAGGACUCGCAGGUGAAAAUCUGGUUCCAGAAUCGACGCAUGAAAUGGCGCAACUCCAAAGAACGGGAGCUCCUGUCUAGCGGCGGCUGCCGAGAGCAGACCCUUCCCACAAAACUAAACCCUCAUCCAGACCUUAGUGAUGUAGGUCAGAAGGGCCCUGGGGAUGAGGAGGAAGACAGUCCGGGUGCCCGCCUAGCCUACCACGCGCCCCCAGACCCUCGCCACCUGCUGGAAGGGCCGCUGCUUGCCUCGCCAGCGCACUCGAGCAGCCCUGGUAAACCCUCAGACUUCUCUGAUUCGGAUGAGGAUGAGGAGGGCGAGGAGGAUGAGGAAAUCACAGUGUCCUAGGAGCCCCUCCAGCGGCUCUGGGGCUGUUGCAAUUGGAACUGGAGAGGAAACGCCCACAUGGCCACAUCUGUUCAGGAUCCCGGAUCCUGCCUCUUCUCACAACAGAUCCACCACCUUCUCAGGGGAGACACCACCCUUUCUGUUGUCCCAGAGAUAUUUCCUUGCUCCUUGCUGUCACCUCUAAACAGCCCUUCCCACGGGAGUGUGGGUCUUUUCCACAAGGGCAACAUUGCGUCUAUUUAUGGCAAAUUAUUUUAGACACCGUGUGCAGGGUGUGUGUAGAAGGGUGUCUCUAGUCCCACUGCCAGUACUUACUGUCAAACACCAAGCCUCUGACCCCUAACUUCCUGGAUGGCCAACUUUCUGCAGGGAGUAUCAGUCAGCUAUCCGGUCUUCUCACCUUGAGAGUUGAGAGCACAAGAGAUUCCAAGACAGAAUAAGGGCUCAGGGGAAAGCUAGUGAGCAAGCUUCCCAUUUCUUGAUGCUCCUUUGCGGGGAAGAAGUGAUUUCUCCGUAGAGAAGAGCAAGUCUCUGUUUCUAUGCUACUCUGAAACAUGUAACCUUUCCCUACAUGUAGGACAUGUGCACCUACCUAGCAUUCUGCUUAGUGUCCUGCCACUUCAAGGGGAGCCUUUUGCAAACCGCCAGCUCCUGGCACUGGGGUGUGAACUUGUCUGCCUCUCCGACAUGUUUCACCCAGCUUGGCUGUCUGUGCAGCUUUCCUGAGCUGUACUCUACUAUCUAUCUAUAUUUUGUAUGGAUAUUUUAUACUGAGGUUAUUGUGAAUGACCAUAACGGAGGGCUGGUUGCAUCCCUCUCAUUAUUUUUUUUUUCUCUGCAAUGGUCUUUAAAGUUUAAAAGGUAGCUGUGUAACUUCAUAAUUUAUAAGGAAAUGCUUAUUUUGUAUUUUUUACCAUGUACAGACUUUUUAUAUAUGUAUAUAUGUAUCAAAUGGACAAAUGCCAAAUAAAAAAAGUAGAAUGAGUUUGACG